UUUGGAUUUUCUCAUUCAUCAUUUUCUAACCAAUCAUGAGAUUCCAAAUAUUGUUUUGGGUUGAUGAAUCUAGUAAAGUUGAUGUUCAUGGAUACAGGCAGCAGGCUUAGUUGUUCCCCUACUCACUACCUGUUUUCCCGCGGAUUUUGUUACGAUUCCGAUCCGGUAGUAAUGUGUUCUCGGUGUAUUAUUUCUUUAAAAGUACACUGAAGUGCAUUAAAUUAAUAUCUUUAUGUAACACUUUAAUUUUGGAACUUGUACGGGGUUAUAGUAAUGUGCCAUUGACAGAUUGCUCUUUAAUUUUGUUACUCGUGGAAAUGCUAUAAAAUAAGGGGCAUAUUCGAGAGUAUCGCGGACACCUGAGAUGAAAAUGAUGGACAUUAAUGAGCAAGAUGACUGCUACAUCGAUGGAGUUACUCCUACCAAAAAAAAGAAGAUGAAACAAGCUCAACUGCCAUUUCAAAUGCAAAGUCCCAAACAGUCACAAAACAGUGUGCAAAGUAAAAAAAGAAAAUUAACAUCGCCAUCUGUGAAUUGCCCAAAUCCAAAAGCAAUAAAAAUUUCAAAAAUGAAUAAGAAUCAUGAUAUUGCAAAUAAAUUAAAAGAUGAUGCUAAUAAUUCACUGGAGGAGAGCAACAAAUCAAAGGAGGUGGUAGAUGAUAUAGAAAUAGUGGAUGUGAAAGAGAAUAAAAUAUCCAAUAAAGUGGAAAGUACAAGCAAGAAUAGGACUCCAAAACGAUCCUCAACAGGACAAAAGAGAUCAGAGACAAUGGAUAAAGUCAAGUCAAGUCCAUUAUCACAGUUCCUAAAAAAAACUGACAAAGAUGAGGAGAAUCUGAAAGGAAAUCAACAGAAUUUUAUACAAAACCAAGAGGACGAAUCUAUUCUUAAGAGGAAAAAAGCUGAACAUUUGGUUACAAAUAGUUCUUCGAGUUGUCAGAACAAUGAACAAAAUACAGAACAAAGAACAAAAACCAGUAGCCCAAAACCUUACGAAAAUCUUAAAGUGAAACUCCCUUCUGAAUCUGAUGUCACUAUCUCUUUGGACAACAAAGGCAAAGAACAACAAAUAAAAUCAAUUAAUAAUGUAAAAAAGAGUAAAAAAAUUGGUAGUCCGAAAAUUCUCGAGGCUCUCAAACUUGAAAAGGUGAAACAUUCUGAUUCCGAUAUGUCUUCAGAUAAUGAAGACAAAGACGAACAAACAAAAUCAACCGAAAACACGAAAAAGAGUACAAAACCUAGUUUUCAAGAAAAUAAGAUUCUGAAACUGGAAUUGACGAAACUUCCCUCUCCUCGUACCGAUUCCGAUAUUGUCAUCCUGUCUUCUGACAAAGAAGACAAAGAGGAACAUACGAAAUCGAAGGAAAAUACAAAGCAAAAUAUAAAAGUACAUAGUCCAACUAUCCUCAAGACUCCCAAAGUUGACAAGGUGAAACAGAAGAGAGUAACACCGAAACAACAAGAAAAGAAAUUACUGAGCGCUCAGAAGAAGGCAGAAAGAGAGCAACAAAAGCUGGAAAAGGAAAAAAGACUGGAAGAGGAACGACAGAAUCGACAGAAAGAAAAGGAAGAGAGACGCCGCGAGAAGGAGGAGAAAGAGAAAGCGGAGAAAGAGCAAAAAUUGAUGGAACGGAAAAUGAAAGACCUGAAGAAACAAAUGGAAAUGGAACAGAAGCAGAAAGAGAAGCAAGCGAAGGAGGAGGAGCGUAAAAAGCGAGAGGACGAGAAGAAGAAGAAGGAGGAAGAAAAAAUGGAGGCUGAACGUAAGAAGCAGAAGGCAGCUUCGAAUUUCACCAGUUUCUUUGUUGCUAAAAAACAGGAGAAAUCCGUUGAAGAGGAAAGCGCUACCGAAGGCAAAAACUUUAUGCCUUUCGAAGUAAAAGCGGACAUGAAAUUGGCUCCAGUCUGUAGAAGAACGUUAAGCGAGCAGGAGAAGCUGUCACUGGAUGAACAAUGCAACAAAGAAAAUAUACAAAUGUCAGACUUGUAUCUGAAUGAGAUCAAAAAUAAAAAAGUUAUCCCGCGCAAAUCACCGAAAACAUGGCCGUUCGAAGCAAAGGAUGACGAAGUAAUUUUGUUAGACGAUGAAAAUGAUGGCAACUCGAACAUCGUGAAGCAAAACAUCGUCAUCGAGAAACAACGGACCAAAUUACUUCAGUUCUCAGAAAACAGGCGUCCGCCAUAUUGGGGCACGUGGCGAAAGCGAAGCUGCAGUAUUAACCCUCGAAAACCAUUCUCGAGGGAUACGAAAUGGUUCAACUACGAGGUAGAUUCGGACGAGGAGUGGGAGGAAGAGGAGCCAGGCGAGUCUCUGCAUGGUUCCGACGAAGAACGGGACGAAGAAAAUCCAGAUGAUAACGAGUAUGACGUGGACAAUGAAUUCAUGGUACCUCACGGGUACCUAUCCGAUGAGGAAUUAAGGGCUGACGAAGAAGAGAAGGUGGACAUGUCGCCUGAAACGCAAAAAUAUAAAUUAAAGGUAUUGGGGGAACAAUUUGAGACCGAGAGAAACACGAAGACGUCGAAAUUAAAACCAAAAAUAAUUGGCUGCGUGUGGAGGGGCCCUGAAAAUACGUUCUUAGGAAACGUACCGCAAAGAACCAUGGACUUUCUGUCAGCCCACGAGGCCUGGGCGCGUCAGGUACCGGUGACGUUGCCAACAUCCACCGAAAACGAAGCUGCGGAGAAUGGUUUGUCCACACAGCAACAAGCGGCGUCCUCGUCGAAGAAGACGAAAAUACCAGAAGAGGCUCUGCCCGAGCUGAUCCGACUGAUACACGGCAACACUCACGGUAGCAAGUUCCUCGCUAGGGAAUUCGUAUCUUAUUGGAGCACGCAGAACGAGGAGAACAAAAUGUCAAAGUACGGUGUGUACCGAAAAAUCCGAAAAAUCGGCAAGUGGAUGUUGUGCCCAGAAGAAGGCCCAAUGCAUAAGAAGUUUUGCUGGUACGUGCCUGAAGAUAUACAAAACGAGUACCUCGGUGAGAAGCUUUCACUGCCCAAUCGCUGGUCGUACACCUUGGCUCCUACGAGGAAAAGCGACGUCAUCGAGGUUGUUGAGAAGACGGAGAAGGAAGAGAAGAAGAACGUGCCACUUAUCACACAGUUCACGAAAAAGAUCACUCAGGAGGAGAUGAAGAAACAAUUAACCGUUAAACCUGAUCGCACUACUCCUACGAACAGGAUUAGUCAGGGUAAAACUCCAAAGAGGGCGACUCUGAUCUCUGUCGGGAGAGGGGAGCAGUUUUCCAAGUCGUCGAAGAAGAGCUUGUUGAAAAACUUUAUCAACAGCGAGAAAUCUGUGAACAAGGACUCGCAGAAGGGUGAAGAUGAUGCAUCGGAUGGUGACUGCAUCGUAAUUGAAGACGGUUCUGAAAACGUACAGGCUGAGGAUCAGGGGGUAUCCGAGAGAGACGAGUCUGAUGUUAAGAUGGAAAGCAAAGGUCGUUUAGGCACGGUUCCAACGGAGAACGGCAGUGACAAGAAGGAGCAAUCGUCAACGAUUAAAGGCAAUGACGGAACGUUGAAAAAUAAUACAGACCCAGAAGAUGUAGUUACUGCCAUGGAUGUCGAUGAUCCCAUAGAGGAAAAUUGAGUUUCAUGAGUUGAGGCAAGAAUAUAAAAAAAAUUGAAGAAAAUGUUGAAAAAAAUAAAUAAAAAAUAAAUAAAUAAUGUGAUAAAUAAGUAGCGAUAAGAGACGAUACAAAUAUGAUGCUUUUAGUGAAGUAAUAUAAUCGAUGAUAUUUAUACGUCUAUUUAAAUACAUCGAUGUGAAUUUGUACAAACUUCUGAACUAUGUAGUUUAUUUUUAUAAAACUCGUCUGUAUUCGUUAAUGUGAGGAUAGAUUAUACAACUAUUAUUAUUAAGAAAUGAAUAUACUCUAGCCUUAAAAGUUGUUAUAAAAGCUUGUAGUAUUAGUUACAGUUAAAAACGAUUUUAUUAUCGUAUCGUAUAGAAAAAAAUAAUAUUUUUAAUACGUGUCACGUGUACUCUGUUCCUGGAGUUUAUAUCGUUUAUAAAAUUAUACAAAUACACAUGAUAUUUAUUAGAGUUAAGAAGUUGCUUACGUUGCAUUUGACUUCAUUUUACAUUGCUUCGAGUAACUGAGGGACCGAAGUGAAUACCACAGCAAAAGUGAUUACAGUGUAAUUAAUAUAGUAAUACUUUUAUUCAAAAUUUAACUCGUAUCGUACAUUGAUUGCCUUACUGAACGACGAGUGAUAAGUCAGCUGAGAAAUUUGGAUUGUUGAAUGUAUAAAAUUGUUGAAGUGAAUUCACAAGAGCUUUAUGACAUAAUCACGUUCUGUUAACAAUUAUACUUUUAUAAGAAAUAUUAACGAAUAAAUCGAAAAAUAUUCACACCGAA